CAACUGGACGUGCCUCCUCGAAGAUAAACCGACUCCUUAAACGCCAUAACAGGUCGCUUUCCCUUCCGCGCAUCAACUCCAAGCCAAGACGAAAAAAGCUUCUCUGUUUUUUCCUUCCUCUCCAAGUUUGCGCAGAGGUUGAUGAUGCACUCCUUGUCAUGGCUUCUCUUCCUGUGUCUAUGCUUCGGGAGCCAUGGCCUUCCUUGGCCCUUCUCCGCUCCGUCCUCCGCACAGCAAGGCGCGCCGAGCGAGCCCGUCAUGGGAGUGGCCGCGCAGUUCUCCGUGGAAAAUUUCGACGACCGGCGAGGGGUGAAGUUGGUGGAGGACGCGAGGAGGAAGCUCGCCGGCCCGAACACUUGCUGGCACAACGCGUACCGAAGCCUCUUCUCCAGCUGCGGAGAGAUCGUAUCCGACAAGGAGAAGCAGUCGAGAUUGGCGUGGAAGCUGAGCGAUUGCUUCCAGAUUGAUUCGGGUAGGUCAGCUCUUCCUUCGUGCGGCGAAGGGGCGGCAAUGGUGAAAUGCCUCAAGAAAUUGGACGAUUUGGAGCACAAAAUCUAUCUCGAGUUCUUCCUGGAGACCAAUUCCAUCUGCCACCAAUUGCAGACUGAUGCAUUCAAGCAUGAGACGGAGCGGCUGGUGAACGAGUUAUCGAGAUCAGCUCACUUUGCAGAGGAGAAGCUCGGAGCCAUAGAAGCAUCGUCGGAGAAACUGCUGCAAAAUGCGAACGACGUGCAGGACUCGCUGUCUUCGAUCGGCCUCCAGACGCACCAACUGGCGCAGUCGUCCAGCGCGGUGGCGGCGCAGAUCGACAGCGUGCUGCAGCACUCGCAGGCGAUCUUCGCACAGUCCAAGGAAAUCGCAGCCUCCCAGUCGGAGCUCAGAGGAGGGCAGCUCGAUAUGAAGGAGAAGCUCAUGGCCGGCAUCGCUGACUUGCAGGAUUCCUACAAGAGCCUGGACGACGGAAUGCUGAGGCUGAGGGAGGAAACCAUCGAGAUCGAGAAGGAAAUACAGGUCGUCGGCGAUUCCAUGACCUCCAAGAUGCAGCAACUCCAAACCAAAGCCGACGAUAUCGGUGACGUCACCGGCGCUUCCUUGGAGAAGCAGAGGCAGCUUCUGGACAGGCAGGCCAUGGCGCUCGAAGGCCUGGAUACACUCGCAAAGUUCCAAUCACAAGCCAUGGAAGAAAGCAGGGGAACGCUGCGAAGCCUAGCAGAGCUCGGUCAUAAGCAGCAAGAGGAGUUGCUGCGAGGACAAGAACAGAUCCAAAGUGCUCAUGCUCGUCUGAUCAAGAACUCUCAAUCGAUAUUAGCAGCUCAGGAAGAAUUCGAAUCGAAGCAAGCCAACAUAUUUGCUGCACUAGACAAGCUCUUCGCGCUGCACAACGCGAUCUUAGUCGAGUCGCGAUCCAUCAAGGCUUUCUUCUUCUACUCCUGCACCAUCUUCCUUCUCCACAUGCUCACCAGCACCAAGCAGACUUACAGAAUCCGGGCACGCCUUUAUUUAGGUCUGUGUGCCACAUUCGUGAUCGAGGCUCUCAUAGUUAAGCAUGGCGAAGAUGACUUCAAUCAACAAUCUCGAAUCUUAUCGAAAGUGUUCCUGGCCAGAAGUUCCUUUCUAGUCAUUGCUACCACCCAAAUACUUCACUCCCUGAUCACUUACAGAGACUAUGAGAUUUUGAAUCAUCAGCUGCUGCAAACGUUGGUGGAGAAGGUUCGGAUCAUGGAACAGAAUGCAGAGUCGUCUUCAUGCUUGGAGAGUGAUGGUAUUAUCAGUACGAGCUGGUUAUCAUGGAUGCAUGAGGAAUUGCCCGAUGAUGAAGAUGAAAAACUUGAUCCUGAUUACUCGUUGCUCGAGGAAGUCGGGGAGAAUUCAGUGGUUUUGGUUCCAGACGAUCGGAAGUACAACCUCCGGCCUCGCCUUCGGCAACGAUGAGAUGUGUUAUUUGAGUGUGUUUGAGUUCGUUCGAUCAAUGUGGAUUGAGUUGGGAGGGGUUUGUUUUAAUGAACAGUUUACCUCAAUUAAAAAACUAAAUAUGAAUCUUGCCAAAAAAAAAAUACUCUUGUGAACUAGUUCGAGUUCAGAGAAUGGAUAAGCUUGU